GCUUAUUACCAAUAUCAAUCCUAAACGACGAGUGACAACUACUCGCAGCAACAGCACCAGCACCUGUAGUAGUAGUAGUAGUAGUAGCAGCAGCAAUAGCAGCACAAGCAGCAGCAGUAUAAGCACUGUGCGUAAGGCACCUCGCUCGUCAACAUCUACUCGUACAGCUUCAGCCGCACCAGUUCAAAUCAAAACAAGCACGUCCAUCAAGCUCGUACAUAAGUUAAAGGAGACACAGUUAAUGGAGGAGGGGGAGGAAGAAGAGGAGGAUAUACCAGUGACAAAACCCAUUUCUCUCACUGAAAAACGAAAAAGACAAGCAAAACGUGCUGAUCAGGUCAAGAUUUGGAAAGUGCGGGAAGAACGCGAGGCACGUGAGGCACGAUCAUUAAUUCGACGCAAGAUCAUGAGUGGUGUCACCAACAAAAAACCACAACCCAUUGUCGUCAUGGAUCUUGCCAAAAAAAAGAAAAAGAAGCGUGUCAAGUUUGAUUUUGACAAGAACAAGAUUAUACAAAUACCCAACGAAUAAAAAAGAAUUUAAAAUGAAAAAAAAAAA